GAAGAAGAGGCAAAGGAUGGUAGUUUUAUUUUCUGUGUUUGAGGAGGCUGUCCCUAAAGUGUGCAUAAGAGGCUCCCUGUGUGAGACCCUCUCAGCAUUCAGGACCAGAGUGUGAGGGGAUCCGACUAUUCUGCACUUCAGCACAGCAGAGGUUUUCUUACUGCUUCAACUCUACUCUCUCAUCUGCACCCCCCUCUCCCUCCUUCCUUUGCUGACCGCUUGCUGAUUUGCUUCCCUGGGAACUUGACGGGAUCAGAAGAGGCUGCAGAGCAUUCAUCGAGUUGUGGAGCGGACACAGGCAGCCAGAGUCGUCAUGGCUGUGUCCCAAGAGCGGAUUGUGUGUCUGGGGCUCUGGGUGCUCCUUUUGCUCGGUGCAGGCAUGGAGGUAGCAGUGGAGGGAUGUAGCUGCCACCCAGCACACCCACAGCAGCUAUUCUGCAGCGCUGAGAUCGUGAUAAGGGCAAAGAUCUCCGGAGAGAAGAUAGUGUCGCCUAGCAACAGCUCCUCACCUUACAUGAAGAUGAUCCAGUAUGAAAUCAAAAUGAUCAAGAUGUUCAAAGGUUUUGAUAAAGCCAAGGAUAUCCAGUAUGUGUACACUCCAGUCUUCUCCUCACUGUGCGGAGUCAAACUGGACUACAACAAUAAAGCAGGGUACCUUCUCUCAGGGAGCAUGUGGAGCGAUGGGAGGAUUUCUAUUGGCCAAUGCGACCUGGUCGAGUCGUGGGACAACUUAUCACUGUCACAGAAGAAGAAUCUCAACUACAGAUACCAGAUGGGCUGUGAAUGCAGAAUCAACACUUGUUAUACGGUGCCCUGUGCGUCUACAGGAGAAAACGAGUGCUUGUGGACUGACUGGCUGCUGGAUAACAGCCUUAACGGAGAGCAGGCUCGGCAGUACGCCUGCAUCCGCCGCUCUGACACCACCUGCAGCUGGUACAGGGGUGGACCCCCACCUGAGAAAGACUUCUUGGAGAUGAGUGACCCCUGACCUGUAAUUUCACUCCUGUAACGCCUUUCCUGCUUCGUGCUUAUGUGGCUCAAAUUUGGCGAUUCACUGAAAAAAAAAAGGGCAGAUCUUUAUGUUCGAGGGAGCUUAACUCACUGCCGAGCUUCUGCUAGCAGAGUUCAGGUGGUUUCUACAGCAGUGCUAGGGAAAGUUUUAUUAUCUGCAGGGGCUUUCAGCAGACCUCUGAGUCAUUUUCAUGCUCUCACACAUUCCACUCCACUUGCUGAUUUCCACAGAAUAAGAAUAUGUGAAGUCCUUUCACUGCAUAUUAUUCAACCCAGUGAAUCUGCUCUCUAACAUCUCUGUGGAGAGAAAAUACAUAACCUUUGCAAAAGAAAAAAUCAAGGACCUCAUAUUUGCGCAUGCAUAACUUAGAAAGAGUUAUAUAGUAAUCUGAGCUAUAUUUUCUUAAAGAUGUAUAGGGGAGGUGGAUAAUUACAGUAAAAUAAUGGGGGGAAGUAGAGGGAGAAAAUAGAUGCUUACUUCUGCCACAACCCUGCAUAGCAAAGUGUACUUUACACACUGUCAACAGAUCUUCUGAGCACUGCCACCUUCUUUGGUGUGGAAUCUUUACCUUUCUAUCGACAUAACUGUCCCAUGCAAAUGAAAACGCAACAAGGCAACACCAGACGUCCACAAUUAAAAUUUGACAAAAUCUGACAGACAUGUAUAUUAUAUAUUACCCUAAUUAUCGUCCAUCCACACCACAACAGUUUGAACUCUCAAAUUUCUGAGACUGUAAAUAUUGUAUUUCAGUGAAAAUUAACAUUUUAAAGGCUAACCGGAUCUUGUCUUAGAGCAUGUAGAGGUUUUUAUCUUGUGUGUGUGUGUGUGUUUAGUUUCCUUGGUUAAACUCUAUUACUAUUUCCUGUGCCAAAAAUCUAAUCGAGCGCGUUAACAACAGCACUGCCCCCUGUAGAAGCCACACCCCGUUUCUUAAAGAAAAUGAUGUGACAGGACAGGGUUCAAUUCAUGAUUUUAAUUUAUGAUUUUUAGGAAGUGGUUUCUGCUCGAGCUUCAACUUCAAGAACAGACCGUAAAAACUUUGGCGUAAGAUAUUAACUAAGAAGAGGAGAAAUAAAUGAGAUGUAGUUAAUGAUUAUCAGGGAUGCAAACAACUCAGCCUCUUGGCAGGGACAAAUCCUCUUUAAUGAGUAAACUCAGCUGUCAGGACGUGUUGCAAGGACCUCACAUCACAGGGUUGUUUAUUCUUGUCUUGCAAACAGUAGGAACCCACCGCUCUUUCCCUGCACUUGUUGUUAUUAAUGUUACAAUUUUGGCAUCGAUUACGACAUAAGUUGAUUAUUCUAUUUUUCGGUGUUUGCUAAAACAAUGUUAGCAAGGCUGAUACUUUAUUGAACGGUUUGUAACAGGCAAAUUCAUGAUACCACACUGUAGACAUUUAUCUAAAAAGGACCAGUGUUUUGAUGUAUUUUAACUGAACGCUUUUUACAGUAGCCUGAUUAUGUCUCUUUAGAAGCGGGCAAAUGUCAAGCUGACUGAGAAGCUGAACUGGAAAUACCUUGUGGCAGUUUCUGUUUAGUAGUUGUGGUUAAAUGUCAUAUCUAAGUCCUGUCUUAAUUGGUCAAACAUCAGUUGCAACAGCUGUAAAGGGCAAAAACACAUUCAUUAUUUACUCACUCCACCUGCCUCCCUCUGCCCCCCCCAUUCUCCAGGUCUCCCCUGACACCCUUUCUUCCCCCGAUGAGUUUGCAUCCCUGGAUUUAAGACAUUAUUUAAUAUAAAAAUUCAAAGUCCCAAAUCUGAAUUGACCCCUGUCUGGUUACUGGAUUACUUCGCUGAAGUCAUACAGAUAAAAAUGCAUCAUCACUUAUUAUUUUCAUGCAUUAGCAGGGAAAUUAUAAACAUUAGGGUCAUUUUGAACAAUAACAUAGUUUCAUUUUAACUGCACAAUGCAGUAAUUUGUUAAAUUUGGAAAAUGUGUUAAUAAAUACAGAUGCAUUAUAAUUGUAUGGCUUUAGCAAAGAGCUAUUAAACUAUUUCAUGUUUGUUUUAUACUGAACAAAUUGUUUUGGUUUGUAUUUAUGUCU